GCAGCGCACUGAUUGCUUGGGAUCUCUAAAACUAGCGCCUUUGGAUUUGUGCGUGUGUGACCCAGAGGAAAAAAGCAAAAGACCUCUGGAAAAGUACGAUGUCGACCGUCGUAGCUCAGUCGCUGCAUGUUUUUGGUCUUCGAUCUCACGUAGCCAACAACAUCUUCUUCUUUGACGAACAGAUCGUUAUAUUUCCUGCGGGAAAUCACUGUGUGAAGUACAAUGUGGACCAAAAAUGGCAAAAAUUCAUUCCAGGUUCAGACAAGAGUCAGGGCAUGCUGACCUUGUCCAUCAGUCCCAAUCGGCGAUAUCUCGCUAUCUCUGAGGUCGUACAGGAGAAACCCACCAUCACCAUUUAUGAAUUGUCAUGUAUCCCUUGCCGGAAACGCAAAGUUCUUAGUAAUUUUGACUUCUCGGUGCAGAGAUUUACCAGCAUGGCUUUUUCUCCAGACUCCAAAUACCUGUUGACUCAGACAUCACCUCCAGAGUCAAAUCUCGUCUAUUGGCUCUGGGAAAAGCAGAAAGUAAUGGCCAUUGUUAGAGCUGAUACUCAGAACAAUCCUAUCUACCAGGUGAGCAUCAAUCCCCAGGAUAACACUCAGGUCUGUGUCACUGGAAACGGGAUGUUUAAGCUUCUCCGCUUUGCUGAGGGCACCCUAAAGCAAAGCAAUUUUCAGAGAGGAGAACCCCAAAACUACCUAGCCCACGCCUGGCUGUCUGAAGACAAGAUUAUCGUUGGCACAGACACGGGCAAGCUCUUUCUCUUUGAAUCUGGAGAUCAACGCUGGGAGACCAACAUAAUGGUCAAGGAGCCCACGAGUGGCUCCAAGAGCCUGGACGUCAUCCAGGAGUCAGAGAGCCUGGUCGAAUUUCCACCAGUCAGUUCCCCACUUCCGUCCUAUGAGCAGAUGGCGACAUCCACUAGCCAAACAGACCACUUGGCCAUGCCCCGAGUCUUCGCCAUCGCUGCCUACUCCAAAGGAUUCGCCUGUUCUGCUGGGCCAGGAAGAGUUCUGUUGUUUGAGAAGAUAGAAGACAAGGACGUUUACAGGGAGAGCAGGGAAAUCCGGAUUCCUGUGGACCCACAAAGCAAUGACCCAAGUCAGUCUGACAAACAGGAUGUUCUGUGCAUGUGCUUCAGCCCCUCAGAGGAGACUCUGGUUGCCAGUACCAGUAAGAACCAACUCUAUACUAUCACCAUGUCCCUGACAGAGAUCAGCAAGGGCGAGGCUGCUCACUUCGAGUACCUGCUGUAUCCAUUACACUCUGCAUCCAUCACUGGUCUAGCCACCUGCAUUCGCAAACCUCUCAUUGCCACCUGUUCCCUGGAUCGAUCCAUUCGCAUCUGGAAUUAUGAAUCAAACACUCUUGAACUAUUUAAGGAAUAUCAAGAAGAGGCAUAUACAAUCAGCCUUCAUCCAUCUGGACACUACGUUGUAGUAGGGUUUGCUGACAAACUACGCCUUAUGAAUCUACUCAUUGAUGAUAUACGUCCUUUCAAAGAAUACUCUGUCAGAGGAUGCAGAGAGUGCUCCUUUAGCAAUGGAGGUCACCUGUUUGCUGCAGCCAAUGGAAAUGUGAUCCACAUUUUUACCACCACAAGCCUGGAAAACAUCACAAAUCUGAAAGGACACACAGGGAAGAUCCGUUCAAUUGUGUGGAGUGUAGAUGACAGCAAACUGAUUUCUUGUGGCACGGAUGGUGCUGUGUAUGAGUGGAAUCUGUCCUCAGGAAAGAGAGAGACAGAGUGUGUGCUCAAGUCCUGCAGCUACAACUGUGUUACCAUCUCCCCUGAUGCCAAAAUUAUCUUCGCUGUUGGAUCAGACCAGACCCUCAAGGAGAUUGCAGAUUCCUCGAUCCUGCGAGAGAUGCCAGCCUUUGAUGUCAUCUACACCGCUAUUGCCAUCUCACAUUCUGGGCGUAUGAUGUUUGUGGGCACCUCGGUGGGAACCAUUCGUGCCAUGAAGUACCCUCUGCCCUUGCAGAAAGAAUUCAAUGAGUACCAGGCUCAUGCUGGUCCUGUCACCAAGAUGUUGCUCACCUUUGAUGACCAGUACCUGCUGACCGCUGCUGAGGAUGGCUGCCUGUUCACUUGGAAGGUCUUUGAUAAGGAUGGUCGAGGAAUCAAGCGAGAGAGGGAAGUGGGCUUUGCUGAAGAAGUGCUUGUAACUAAAACAGACAUGGAAGAGAAGGCUCAGAUUAUGCUGGAGCUGAAGACCCGAGUGGAAGAACUAAAAAUGGAGAAUGAGUAUCAACUUCGACUCAAAGACAUGAACUAUUCUGAGAAAAUUAAGGAGCUAACAGACAAGUUUAUCCAGGAAAUGGAGUCCUUGAAAACAAAAAACCAGGUUUUAAAAACAGAUAAAGAGAAGCAGGAUGUAUAUCACCGUGAACGCGUAGAAGAGCUCAUAAAUAAACAAAGCCAGGAACUGCAAGACCUGGAGUGUUGCAACAACCAAAAAUUGCUGCUAGAAUACGAGAAGUACCAGGAGCUUCAGCUCAAGUCCCAGAGGAUGCAAGAGGAAUAUGAGAAACAGCUUCGGGACAACGAUGAGACCAAGAGCCAGGCCCUGGAGGAGCUGACUGAGUUCUAUGAAGCCAAGCUGCAGGAGAAAACGAGCCUUCUGGAAGAGGCACAGGAAGACGUCAGGCAACAGCUGCGUGAGUUUGAAGAGACCAAGAAGCAGAUUGAAGAAGAUGAAGACCGAGAAAUCCAAGACAUCAAAACCAAGUAUGAGAAGAAGCUUCGAGAUGAAAAGGAAUCCAACCUACGGCUCAAGGGGGAGACAGGCAUUAUGAGGAAAAAGUUCAGCAGCCUGCAGAAAGAGAUUGAAGAGCGAACCAAUGACAUUGAAACUCUGAAAGGAGAGCAAGUCAAGCUGCAGGCUGUCAUUAAGUCCCUGGAAAAGGACAUACAAGGCCUCAAGCGGGAGAUCCAGGAGAGAGAUGAGACAAUUCAAGAUAAGGAGAAGCGAAUUUAUGAUCUGAAAAAGAAGAAUCAAGAGCUAGAGAAAUUCAAGUUUGUGCUCGACUACAAAAUAAAGGAGCUGAAGAAGCAAAUAGAACCUCGAGAGAAUGAGAUCAAGGUGAUGAAGGAACAGAUUCAGGAGAUGGAAACUGAGCUGGAGCGUUUCCAUAAGCAGAACACACAACUGGAGCUGAACAUCACCGAGCUGUGGCAGAAACUGCGGGCCACGGAUCAGGAGAUGCGCAAAGAGAGACAGAAGGAGCGGGACUUGGAAGCCCUGGUCAAACGGUUUAAGACAGAUCUUCACAACUGCGUGGCCUACAUCCAGGAGCCGCACCUGCUGAAGGACAAGGUCCGAGGUCUCUUUGAGAAUUAUGUACAGCGAGCAGACAUGGUGGAGAUCGCAGGGCUAAACACAGAUCUGCAGCUGGAGUAUGCUCGCCAGCGGGAACAUCUGGAGAGGAACCUGGCCACUCUCAAGAAGAAGGUGGUGAAGGAGAGUGAGCUGCAUCGUACGGACUAUGUUCGCAUCAUGCAGGAAAAUGUCUCUCUGAUCAAGGAAAUUAAUGAGCUCUGCAGGGAGCUGAAGUUCACUCGUUCUCAAGUCUAUGACCUUGAAGCAGCUCUGAAACUGUCCAAGAAAAUACAACCACAAGAAGUUUCAGAGACAGUGUCUGGCAGAGAUGUGCCCAGUGCCGCUGCCACCAUGAGACUGAAUGAGCAAGAAGAAACUGGGAGAAUCAUUGAAAUGCAACGCCUAGAAAUCCAGCGCCUCAGAGACCAGAUCCAAGAGCAGGAGCAAGUACCGGGCUUUCACUCCAUCGCUGGAAUCAGACUUCCGUCCCUUGCUGACUCAGAAGUGGAUUUCGAGGUGAGGACCAAGUGAUCCCUCUGGUGAGCCGCCUCCAGCCACAACUGGAAGCACAGUGUGUCUGUCCUCAGGCAGCCUUGUGCUGCAAUCUAUGCAAUUCCUGCAGCACCACCCUCCUCUUG